AGACUGGAGGUUAAUGGUCUAAAACUCUGCUCUCUGCCAAUAAGAUGAAACCCUGGGGACAGAGCGAGUACUGGGGGCUCGGGGCCGAAUACGACCCCGACUGGGUACUGACGGAGGCUCAGAAGGAACUACGCGCGGAACUCAUCGAAAUGUGUCGGACUAAGAUACGACCACGGGCGGCUCACUUCGACCGCACAUACGAGUACCCGAGAGCAUCAAUGAACGACCUCGCUGAGCUGAGACUCCUGGGUCUUCAGGUGCCGGAGGAGCUGGGUGGCCGAGGAGAGAACCACGUGUGUGUGAGCAUGGUGGCCGAGACCAUUGCCCGCUACGGAUGUCCCUCUACUGCUAUGGUUUACUGCAUGCACCAAGCGGCAGUCACAACAAUGCUGUUCCGUCAUCACAGUAAUUCUCGAAUCCGCGAUUUGCUUUCACGCCUCGACAAGGAAAAACUGGUCGGCACAGUGGUCUUCUCCGACCCCGCCACAGGAACCCACUUCUGGUACCCUCUGUCUUCGAAGGUGCGGCAGAUAGACGAAAACACUGUACAGAUGCUGAAGGUGGCUUCCUGGGCGACGAGUGCAGGUCUGGCUGACUGGUACUCCGUGCAGACAGUGAGCCCUCAGCCAGGCCACUCCACGUACUCCAAUCUCUCCAUCUUCCUCGUGUUUAAGGAUGAAGUGCGAGCUUCGACGGACAACUGGAGCGCCAUGGGGAUGCACGGGAACCAGUCGGGGCCCUUGGUCGUCGAAGGAAAGUUCCCCCUCGACAGGAUGGUCGGGCCGGCAGGUGACGGAGGGAAGAACAACGACGAAUGCGGCAUCGUUUACUUCACCAGUCUUACCUCAGCUUGGAACGGCAUCGCCCUCGCUUGCCUCGACGUGGCCAGAAAACACGUGACUCGAAAAGCGCACGCAGAUAUGGGCAUGCGUGUGUGCGACUACCCGACUGUGCAGGAUUAUUUCGGCGAGUGUAUUAUCAGCACCAAUGCAUCGAGGGGCCUGUUGCUGCUCCUGUUGCAAGCGGUGGAUGCUGCAACCCAGAAUAACAAAUGGUCGCUUCAUUCGGACCAUUCGUUUUUGCCGAGACAAAAUGCUGUUUGCUUGUGGUGGAUCAGGGUACAGGACGGAGUUGGGCCUCGAACGCCUACUUCGGGACGGGAAGUCGGGGUGGGUGAUGGGCCCGACGAACGAGGUAAUUCGGCAGUUGGUCGGCAAGUCGGCGCUGAACGGAUUCGCUUCCUUGGACCCUUGGGAAGAGCGUGCAGACCAGCGAGUCCUCCAGCAUGAGAUGCAGAAGCUAACCCUGGAGGAGAAAGGUGCCCUUGCUCAAAAGCUCCUGCAGGAGGUGGAGGCGCAGAAGGAGGGAGCUGCCUCGCGUCACCCUUACCAAGAUACUGACUUCGAUAAUCCCUUUCCAUACGCGGCCUCCUGCUUGUGUGGCGAANAGACCACUACCCCCGACGGCGUCCAUCACGACCCGGCGCUUCGACCCGACUCGUGGACGAGCCUCAAGCUCCUCUCCCGCGCCGAUCUUACGGGCAACAUGGCCGUUUUUACCUUCGCUUUACCCAAGAGUACCGACCAUACGGGUUGUCUGCCGGGACAGUACGUUGUGGUCCGCGUGGUCAUCGCAGACAAGGAACACCGCAGGUACUUCUCCCCGGUCUCUCGGCCUGAUGACUUCGGUCGCAUCGAGUUGGUCUUGAAAUUCGAAACCCAAGGCGUUAUGUCGAAGUUCUUCCAGGAUUUGAAACCAGGUAUUUCGCGGAGACGGCUGACGAUUUCCUGUGCAGAGAGGAGCUUGAUCGUUACUGUGGUAGGUUGGAAGCAGAGAAAGACAGCCGCGUACGUGUGGUAUACAGUGUCGGCGAAGCACCACAGGACUGGGAGGGCGAAGAAGGCUUCAUAAACACCGAAUUAAUCUCGAAACACGUUCCUGAAGCCGACACUUUGAAGCAUAAAGUGAGUUUCGAACAUGCCUCGAGAUCGGUCGAUCGUCUGAGCUUCGUGGUUUUCUUAAGAUAUUUUAGACAAAGCUCAUAA